UUCUUUUCUUUCUAGUCCAAAUAAUAGCUGUAUCUCAAUCUUAGUAACUAUUUCUUUUUAAUCUGUGUUUCCCCAGCCAUUGCUGUGCGGGAUAAGCUGGAGUCACUAUGCAGGGAGUUGCAACGACAAAAUAAAAUCCUAAUGGAUGAGUGCAAAAGAGUCUCAACGGAAGGGCAAAACAUAAGACAAGAUCUUUCUACCAAGUUCCAUGAUGCAAUUAAGGAUGUAAGCAGUAAGCUUGAAGAACAGAAGGAUGAAUGCCUCUCUCAACUCAAGGAAAAUGAGAUGCUAAGAAACAAGUUGAAGCUUCUUGCGGAUCAAUAUGCCAUCACUGAACAACAAUUUACUCAGAAGUUGAAGCAGAAAACCUUGGAACUUCAGAUUUCUGAUCUUAAACUUCACCAACAUGAAGAGAAGCUGACCCAGGAACAAUCUCAGAUGAAACUUUAUGCUGAACAGGUGUCGCAAUUACUGGCAACUGAAAAGAAUCUGCGAUUACAGUUAGCAGCUGAUGGGGAAAAGUUUCAACAAUUCCAGGAUGCGUUGUCGAAGAGUAAUGAAGUCUUCGAAACAUUUAAGCAGGAGAUUGAGAAGAUGGCAAAAUCAAUAAAGGAACUUAAGAAGGAAAAUGUUUUCUUGAAGAGCAAAUGUGAGAAGUCUGAUUUUACGCUAAUAGAACUCGUUGACGAGCGUGAGCAUUUGAAAAAACAGCUGGAGAAAAUGAAGAAUCAGAAGGAGAAGCUUGAAUCUUUGUGUCGGUCACUGCAGGCAGAAAGAAAACUGGUGUCACUUGGAAGUAACAAUGCUAACGAUAUCCCUGUUGAAAUCAAAAUGGAUUCCUCCGCAGCAGAGUCCUGAAAAUUUUUAUUGUAACUUUCUUUACCCUUUUUUUUCAUGUUGUAACUUUCUUUAUUUGCAUUGCUGAAUUAUCUAGGAAAUUCAAAAGAAGUUCGAGAAAUAGAUGUAUCCCUGCACAUUCUUUCAGCAUCUCUGCCUUAAAAGAUUUCAUCAUAUUGAAAUUAUCUUAGUUCAUCA